AUGGGAAGUUCAGGACCAAAUAUUGUUGCAUUGAAUUCAUCAAAAGUCUCACCCAAUAUGCAAACAUUUGAUGAAAAUAAAACGUUUCACCAUAUUUGGUGGAAAAUAGCACUUAUCAUAUUGGCAUUUAUCUCAUUUAUUAUCACUUGUGUAUUCAAUGGCUUAGCAUCAACUGCUCCAAAUGGUAUCUUCUCUCAGAGAACGGGAAAUGUGUCAGACAAUAAUCGAACAGAAUUUACACCUGCCGGAUGGACAUUUAGUAUAUGGGGUCUAAUUUAUUUUUGGCAAGCUGCUUGGCUGUUAUAUGCCAUUAGUCGUAUUCUACGUAAAUCAAAUAUUGACUAUUUAUAUAAAUAUCCAAAUACUUUACAUUAUACGAUAUUUAUUUUCUAUAUAAUUAAUAUGUCUCUCAAUUGUCUAUGGCUUGUACUGUGGGAUAGAUUGGAAUUUGGGUGGGCAUUACUCGUCAUAUUUCUAAUGUUUGUCACUAUUGCAAUUCCAAUGAUCAUUACUCAUAUUCUAUUAGAGAAAAAUCGUAACGCUUAUAUUGAAUCAAGACAAAUAAUUGAUAUUUGGUUGAUACGACUACUAGUUCAUAAUGGUUUAGCUAUUUAUGCUACAUGGUUGUUUUUGGCAAUGAAUUUAAAUUUAACGAUUUGGAUUAAGGCUAUGGGAAAAAACGCCACAGAUGCAGCAACAGCAGCAUUGAGUGUUGUACUACUGGGAAUAAUUAUUUAUUUCGUAUGUGAAAAUAUCAUAUUUUAUAAUUCAAUGGCUUAUACAUGGAUACCAUGGUUUGUUCUUAUAUUUGCAUUAUCUGGAAUUAUGUCUCUUAAUUAUAAAACACCAAGAAAUCCAACACGAAACCAAUCAUAUGUACUAGCAUUAUUGAUUAUCUGCGAUGUUAAUGUACCACAAGAGUGGCAAGUUGAUAAUGUUGGCAAUCAAUUUCUACGUUUUACAAGUCCAAUGUCAAAUAAGAUUUUAGUUUUUGUAACGGACCGUGGUUUGAAUGAAUUAGCUUCAUGCGACCAUUGGAAUGUUGAAGAUAUAAAUUGUAUGAAAGGUGGGUAG